AUGGCAGAUACAAAGGUCAAAGUCAACGGCUUUCAUGCCAAUGGCAAUAGCAAUGGCACCCGCACUCCUGAAAAGACACCCGUCAAGCACACCAAGCUAUGGCAGCUCCUCGCCUUAGCAAAGGAGGUAUCCAAAGAUGUCGGCUCCAUCGAAGACUACGAGAAGUCAGCCGAGGAGCGCAAAGCCCUAGAGCAAGAACUCGAGGCCAAGCAGGGCGAGAACAAGCGUCUGCGCGAGUUCAACGAUAAAGUCGUGCGCGAGUUCUCAGAACAUAAGGCGCAAGCAAGCGCAAAGACGGAGAUGAUCUUUGCAGAGUUUGAGCAAAAGUACAAAACGUACGAGUCUAACAAGGCAGCUGUCGAGGCCAUGGAGGCGGAGGUGAAGGAGGCCAGGGAGAAGCUGGCUGCGACUGAAGCGGCGCAGAAGAGCAGAACCGGGGAGGUUGAGAAGUUGAGGCAGAAAUUGUCUUCUUCGGAGACGCAUGCGAAGAACCACGCUGCUGAGAUUAGGGAGAUGAAUGCAGAGUGUGAAUUGCAUCGGUCCAGGAUGGAGGCGAGCGUUGAGGAGCUUGCGACUUGUAAGACCAAGUUGACUCAUGCUCAGAGUGAUCUUGGGGAGGGGAUCUUGCGAGAUUAUGGGCCUGAGGAGCUCAAGAAGCUGCGCUCUAAUCUUCAGGAACUAUCGAAGAAGGUUCACGCAUUUGUCAACGAGUACUUCAACGAUGCCCAUGACGACUCAGCGAUUGAGAUCCAAGAAUUAAAUGCCCGCUUCCCAAAGAUCCCUCUAUCAACCCGCACCACCAAAGCGGCCGCAAAGAUGCGCUGCGCAGUCGCAGAUGCCGUCCUGGCAGAAACACUCCUUUCGCACGUCUUUGUCCCAUUCUACGUGGCCCACGACAUGCGCGCCACAGCAUCCGCCAUGCUGGGCUUCUUCAAGGGCGAUGAGCGACGAGAGACCAUUUAUCGCUGCCAGAUCCUCGGCUCACUGUCCGACUCUGAACAGGCAGAGGCAAUCCAGGACGAUAUUGUCCGCAAGGCGAGCAACGAGGUGCGAAGCACGCUGCAUCCGUUGGUCGUGGCGUACAAGCAGACGGGUUUCUACAAUGCUGUCCCGGCACUGUUCAAGCAAGCUGUUGCGUUGUGGGCAGAUGCGCAGCGUUCCAGGGAUAUGAUUAUCGCUGAACUACCCGACGAGGAAGAUUCCAGGGGUGCAGGUCAGUAUGAAGACUACGAUGUUGGCAACGCUCGCAAGGCGGCAAAGGGAAGUCCCAAAUCAGCUGUACUGGCGGUGUUGUUCCCGCAGUUCGUCUGUCGCGACGAAGUUAUUACUGAAGGCGUGGUCCUCCGGUCCGACCAAGCUGCCGUGAUCGAGGCGGUGGAGGAGGCACAAAGCAAUGGGACUACGAAUGGUGACUCGAAGAAGAAAAUGGGAACACGACGGAGGUCUUCUGCUGAGCCCAAGUCUCCUCUCCGCAAAUGA